CUCGAACCUACUAGCGAUGGCCUCCACAACUGCAGUAGAGUACUUGCAGCAUAGCUCUCAGUUCUCGGUCCUUUGUUUCUGCAAAGCGGUUCCAAAUGUCGAGCCUGGCGCAAGACGCAAAAGCUUUGAUGGAGCGAUUUCGAUCAAUGCCCACGGAAAAGAUAGGAUCCUUUUAUAAUUCAAUGGAUCCAGAGGCAUAUGACGAAAUGGUACGAAUGGUGAAUUGCACUGAGAGCGACCAUAUUCUUGCAAAGAUCCUUGAGCAACCUGGCCUUGAUGCUUCCAGUGAAAUUUAUGAUGUGGGUUGUGGAACAGGCCUCAUGGGCAGAUUGCUCCAUGAGCAGGGCUUUCGAGAGAUUGAUGGUAUGGAUGCCUCAGAGCAGUUUGUGUCAGAAGCCACGCGGCGUGGUCAUUAUCGCAGCUGCGAGUCCUUCUACUUGGGGGAGAGAAUGCUGCCAAGGGAGCGUUUGGGACGAUAUGACCUGGUGACUGCUCAUGGUGUUUGGGUGCCAAACCACAUGCCGGCUAAGGCGAUCACAGACUGUGUAAAUGCAUUGAAGGAGGGAGGCUAUCUCAUUACGGCCAUGCGCUCCUAUUUGUGGAAGAAAGGUGAGAAGCAUGGCUAUCGAGAUAUGGUGGAUAUGAUGAUUGAACAGGGGAAGCUCCAACUUCUAGAGACGGGACACUUCAUGCGAGGAGUGGAGGGCGGGGAUGCCAUGUUUGCGCCACAAGAGUCGAUCUACUUGGUUGCCCGAAGGGUCCCCACUCCAGACAGAGGAGAGCUGCCGAAAGGGUAGCUUCACCUUGGAAGCGUUUAAAGUCGUCCCUCUUCUAAGAUACCAAGCUUAUCCAAGCAAGUGGCUGGCCAAAGAGCCAAAAAGCAUCCGUGCAGCGGAAAAAGAAACAACAACACCGGUGAAGGAACCACAUGAGUUCUUCAAAUCAGGCAGAAAUCAACUGGACAAAGACCGAA